UUUUUGUUUCCAGCUUGGACAUUUCAUACACUGGCUCGCAAAAUCCUUAUAAAGAGUGUGUAAAAAAGAGACACAAACAGAAAAACUCUCCCUCUCUCUCUCUCUCUAACUCAAUCAUCUUCUUCUCUCUUCAUCAGGCGUGGCCUCUGGCAUUGAUUACUCUUUCUCUCUGUAAAGCCAUCAUCAAAAACACCCCAUCAAAGCCUCAUGUCCCUGCCUUGUUUCUUUCUUCUUCUUUGUUUUCAAACAGUGAGAGCAACAAAAAGAAGAUAACUCAACACUUCACUCUCUCUGUCCUUUCACAUAAUCAUAAUCCCUUUCUCUUUUUUUUUUUUUUUUUUUUUUUUUUUGCCUUUCUCUUUUUUUUACCUCACACAGCUUUUUUGCCACUCUCUGAGACAUACAUAAUUGAAUAUCAUUUGAAACCCACUGUUGCAAAACCACUUAGGUUUCUUUUUUUGUUUUUUUUUUCCCCUCUGCUAUCCUAUUUUUGUACUUUUGUAACUAUAUAAAAAAGAAGGAGCGGCAAAAAAUAUGGAUAGAUGGGAUAGAUCACUAGCAGCAGAAGAUCAUCGACGACGAAACCGCAGAGAAAACCCAUCUUUCUCUUCCACUCUUCUCGACGCUAUUUACCGCUCCAUCGACGAAGGUGAAGGUGAAGGUGAAGGUGAUUCCGGUGAACGAGACUUGAUAUUUUGCAGAGAAACCAUGAGGAAGAAGCAGAGUGACGAUUCAGAAAUGGUGGAUUUUCGAAGAGCGUGCAUGAUUGAAAAGUGGAUGGAGAAGAAAGUCACCGAGAAAGUCGUCGUCCGUCGGAAUUCCGUGCACAAUCAUGAUUUCAUGUUGCUCAAUUCGAGCUCCAGCUCCUCGGAUUCGAGCGGGUUUUCGUCUUCGGAGUCCGAAUCCAAAUCCAGAUCUUCAUCAUCUUGCUCCUCCUACGGCUCAAUCAUGCAGCAGAGGCCCAAGCCCAUUCGGACCAGCGUUUCGGGCCCGGAAUUGGAGAAGUACGCGAGAAGUUACGAUCAUAAUUCCGGUCAGAAACAAAAACAGAAGAACGAGAACGGCUUCAUGAAAACGAAAUCGAAAGCUUUGAAGAUCUACGGAGACUUGAAGAAAGUGAAGCAGCCAAUAUCUCCAGGUGGUCGAUUGGCGAGCUUUUUGAAUUCACUUUUCACGGCCGGAAACACAAAGAAACCACCCAAGAAGAAGAUUCACGACGAUCUGGCCGCUUCUCAAAUGAAAUCGAAAUCCACAAACACCUCGACAUGUUCUUCCGCUUCGUCGUUCUCGAGGUCUUGCUUAACCAAAACGCCUUCUUCAAGAGGAACAAAAAGGUCGGUGAGGUUUUGUCCCGUGAGUGUGAUAGUAGAUGAGGAUUGUCGUCCAUGUGGGCAUAAAAAUUUGCAUGAAGAUAUUCAACGACAACAACAACAACAACAACAAGAGGUCGUUGAUUAUAAUCGUCGUCGAGUUCAAGAAGUAAUUGCUAGAGACUUGUUGUUAAAGAGUUAUAAUCAUCAGAAGAAGAACGAUAACAUGGUGGUUGAGUUGGAUAUGAGACAUGUUCAUCAUAACGACAAUGUGGUGAUGUAUGAUAACGAAAACGACGACGAUGAUGAUGAUGAUGAUGAUGCGGCGAGUUAUUCAAGCUCUGAUCUGUUUGAAUUGGAUAAUCUUUCGGCUAUUGGGAUUGAAAGGUAUAGCGAAGAAUUGCCUGUGUAUGAAACUACCCAUUUCGAUACUAAUCGAGCCAUUGCUAAUGGUUUGAUUUUGUAAUUUCUUUCGUCAUCAUCCAAAAAAAAAAAAAAAAAAAAAAGAAGAAGAAAUGGUAAAAAUUUUAUUAGCUUUUUUUUUUUUUUUUUUUUUUUUGAAUUAAUGGUUUGGGGGUUUACAUUAGAGAAUAAUAAUAUAUUUCUCUAUUUUCUGUA